AUGAUGAGGUUUCUCGUGCUCUUGCCCUUCGCUCUUUGCAGUGCCCAGUUCGUCUGCAGGGACCCUGGCUGGUCGGAUGAUUUCUGCUCGCCUCAGGGCACCAACGUCUCCGGUUGCAGCGGCGAAGGCUAUGGCCUGUUGCCCAGAAGCCCGGACUGGAUGCAGAUCCGCCAGCGUCUGAUCCGAGAGAUCUUUGGACAGGAGAUGCUCCCUCGCAAGUCCAGGCCGGACAGUGUCACAACGAAGGCAGUGCGGCAUUUGUUUCCUGACUGUUUGUAUGCUGCGUGGGGGAGCGGAAACAGAAGUGACUGUGAGAAAAUCAUCAAUGUGACCGAAAUUCGGUGGGCUAUUCCUGCCAGGCUGAGAGCGAAUUACUCCAUGACGUUGACUUCGAAGGUUUUCUUGACACUCAACACUUCGGGGUAUGCGCCGAACUACGACAUCUGGGGUGCAGGCCAGCCAGCAGAUCCACAGCUUCCUCGUAAGGGAAAGACUUUGGUGCUCUUCCACAACGGCCACGGGAUGUCGAAGGGCUGCCCGACAUACGGAGACACGGAUGGGAGCGCGGACUGGCUCAACCAGAUGGGGUUUGAUGUGGCUACAGUAAUGAUGCCCUUCAAGGACUGCAACUCCGACCCCCAUGAUCCUCGCAGUCUGCAUGCUUGGUUCCAGCCCUUCGAGGAUGAAGGAAAGCCUUGGGUGAAGUACUUUCUUGAGCCAGUAAUCAACACUAUCAAUUUUGCCACUGAUUCGUUGGCAUAUGAGAGGAUCAUCAUGAUGGGUUUGAGUGGAGGUGGUUGGACCACAACACUGGCGGCAGCCGUGGAUCCCAGGAUAGUGCUCUCGAUUCCGAUUGCUGGCAGCCUUCCAUGUGAUUUCCGGCACACCAGUUGGGACUUCGAGCAGUUCUGUUCCGAUCGGUGGGCGCAGAUAGGAAACUACACGGCCUUGUACGUUCUAGCCGCCCUGGAGAAGGAUCGAGCCAGUGUGCAAAUGCUUCACGAAUCCGACCCCUGCUGCUUCCAUGCCUGUGGUCGUCAUGCGCGGAUCCAGGACUACAACAGAUUUGUCAAUUCGGCCGCACGCGGUGUCUUCGAGACUGUCGUGACGCAGGGGAAUCUGCAUCAGUUCAACCCGCGGGAGAAGGUGAUUGCAGCGACUUUGAUCGGCAAGAUCGCUCGGAAUGAGGAGAUCAAGGCGUGCGACGUGCAGUCGCCAUUCAACGUGCUCCACGACCACGACGAGCGAAUGAAUACACUCCUCACCUGA